GGCUCAGACGGGUCGGUGACGGGGGGACAGACCGCGGCGACGGGAGGGGGUUCCUCCACCGUGGCGAAGACCGCGCCAUGGGGAACACCUCAUGUUGUCAGUCUGAAGACUUGGCGGUGAACGAGACGCAGCCGGUGGAUGCCAAGCCGCUCAUGAUCAGCGGCGGCGACGCCGCGGUGGCGGGCGGCCUGGGCUUGGCGGGCGGCGACACGGAGGCCGAACGCGUCUACCAGGUGACUCUCAACAAGGUGGAUGGUCAAAAGCUCGGUUUGGACGUCGACUACAUGGCCGAGCGGAAGCUUUUGCCCAUCAUGCACGUCACCGGUGGUGUGGCCGAGGAGUGGAACCGGCGGAACCCACAAAAGAAGAUGUGCAGUGGAGACAGCAUCCUUGAGGUGAACGGCGUGAAGGGAGAUGUGGUCGAAAUGCUUGAGAAGUGCAAGGCAGAUCAAAUUUUGAAUAUGACGCUUUGUCGGUCUCUAACCUAUGAGUUCCUCUUAGAAGACUUGGAGAAGUUAGUGCGACAGAAGCAAUGUGGUCCCAUCCUGAUCCGGCUCUCGUGGCAUGACGCGGGAGUCUACAAUGGUGUGGAUGGAUGUCCCAACGCUGCGAUGCGCUUGAGUGGAUCGGCGGAACAGCAAAUGGCUGCGAAUGCAGGAUUGCAGGUCGCGAUCAAGUUGCUGGCACCCAUCUCAGCGAAGUAUGUGCCCAGGUUGAUCUCCCAUGCAGAUCUCUGGGUGGUCGCUGCCAACGUAGCGAUCAAAGUCAUGGGUGGCCCCGUGAUCACCACGCGCUACGGCCGCCUCGACGCGCAGCAAGCCUCGCAGAGUGCCCCCAGUGGCACAGGGCGACUACCCGAUGGAGACAAAGACGCUCAUCAUCUUCGAACGAUCUUUCACCCCAAGGGCUUCGAUGAUAAAGAGAUUGUCGCUUUGUCCGGUGCUCACACCGUCGGCGCUUGCCAUCUGGAUCGCAGUGGCUUUCAGGGCGCCUGGACAGAGCAGAAGUUGAAAUUCGACAAUUCCUAUUUCAAGGACUUGCUCAGCAAGUCAUGGACGGAAGAAACCACCAGCCAAGGGAAGUCGCAGUUCCGCUGUGGCGAAACCAUGAUGCUGCACACGGACAUGGCGCUGAUCAAGGAUCCAGCAUUUAAAUGGCACGUGCAGCAAUUUGCGGAAGAUGAGAACCUUUGGUUUUCGGAGUUCGGCAAAGCCUGGGUGCGGCUCCAAGAGUUGGGCCUCGAGGAUUUGCGAGACAUCCUCUAGGCCGUCCCCGGCAAGUUUGAACAACCACUGGCCAGCUUGCUCCGCUGGCUUGUACUCGCAUGACACAGCGCUUCCCGGGCGUGUUCAUGCACCGAAUGCGGCGAACAAAGACGUCGACUCAUCAACAGAUAUUGUUUUUUUGACAAACAAAACACAGCGGUAUAGGAUCACCCACCUCGGACCUUCCGGGGCCAUAUUUGAGCUUCAUAUUCAACGUCAAAUCCCGAUGAUUAUCUCGGUGGGUUGCCGGAAGUGUCCGUACAUCGUCCUGAACUUGGACCACGAGUUGCCGCAAGCAGUUUGUGUAUGUGCAUAGGGCGACCACCAACCAAUGAGUUUGGUUUGUUUCCCUUCUUUUUGGGGGAGCUUGGGAGGUCUCCCGUGGUCUCCCUAUGUUAAGUGUUGCAGCAGUGUUGCACGUGCUUUCUAUUGCUCUUUUGGUUGGGAGCCUUUUCUCCAGUGAUACAGGUACACUUAGUGGUGGGUCAAGAAUCUUCUUCAAUGGAAGUGUUCGUGUUUUUCAUCUUGGGUAUUUGUGUUGUGGCAGCAGGGCAUGCUUCACAGAACUUGAGCUUCGGACUUCGGACUCGCGUGCACCAUCGAGAUGCUAUAUCUCGAUUGCGGAAAACCACCAAAUCCGCCAAGUCAUUUGGGGCCACGUCACGCGUCAGUGGAUGUGGCGGUUUCUACACAUUUGUCAAAAGAGUGGGGUCCAAAGGACCCAGAAUUAGACACAGUCUGACUGAGUCGGAAUGCGCUGUAAAAA